AUGGUGCUUGUAUUGAAUGGGCAAAAGCUGUUGCUGACAAAGCAAGCCCCAGCAACGACUUCACAUGAAGCUAUUUUAAAAGCUCUUAAGCCUUGGAAAGAGCUAGUUGAUGAAGGUGGUCAAAAGGUUAUUGGAGAAACAAGAGUUAAACUUGAGAAAUUUGAAUGUUCAUCCAGAGAAUGCAAUUUGGGAAAUUUCUUUACGGAUGCAAUGGUUUAUGCGUUCGUCAAAAAAACUCCUUAUAAUUUUAAUUAUUGGUCCAAUGUAACGAUUGCAUUAACAACACAAGGUAAUUUUCGAGUACCUCUUGAAAAAGGAAUCCUUACUUAUUCGCAUUUAGUUACGAUGUGUCCUUUCGAGAACAAUUUCAUCGCUUUAAAUUUAUUUGGAAAACAUCUUUUGGAGGUUCUUGAAGUUGGUGUAGCUUCAAUGAAUUCCAAUGCAUAUAAACCAAGCUCAAGCAGAAUGCUGCAAGUUUCAGGACUUAAGGUUACUUACAAUAUAACAAAUCCUAAAGGAGAAAGAGUAAAAGAUGUUCAAGUGCGAUGUCAGAAAUGUGAAAUUCCAAAAUUUGAAAAACUUUCUGAAGAUACAAUUUAUAGAGUUGUAGUUGCUGACUACCUGGCUAAGGGAAGCAAUGGCUUUGGAGUGAUAAAGGAGAACGGUUUUGAUUUGGAAAUUGGACCAAACAAUUUAGAAGCUUUGAUUGAUUUUAUUGAAGUUAAUAAUCCAAUAGUUGCAGCUGAAGAGGGAAGGAUUAAGGUUUUAGUUUAG